AUGGGGAUGAUUUCUUUGAUAGUUUUUGACGUGAAUAGCGGAGAGAUACAGAAGAAGGUGUUUAGUCUUGGGCAGUUUUCUUUUUUUACACGAGGCAAGGUGAAAGAGACUGUGACAUUUAUUUCGCAUGAGCUUGUCAAGAGAUUGGAGACGUACAAAUUUCAGGAGUAUGUGCAUAAGUUUAAUGAGGAGAGUUACAAGCUAUUUACUAUGGUGCAAGGAGAUCUUGCAUAUGUUGCAUGCUCUAACUUUGAGUAUCCAGGAGCGGUUGCAUUGAAGUUUCUUGAGGAGGCGAAGGAUGGAAACAUUGAGAAGCUGAUUGAAGAGUAUCAGGAUCCUACAUCAAAGCAUAUCUUACAUCAAGUGCAGAAAGAGGUUGAGGAGACACGAGGAGCGCUGUCCAAGACACUGAUUGCGGUGCUUGAAAGGGAUGACAAGAUAGAGGAUCUUGUUGCAAAGUCUGAGCAUCUACGAUAUGAGACAAAGAUGUUUUUUAAUAGUGCAAAGAGUAAGAACAGGUGUUGUGGCUCGUGA